CAAACAUCUCAAGGAGUAUGAGAAAACACUAACAAAGUAAGAAAAAAAAAGAGAGAUGAAAAAGGUGCAUGGUCUGUUCUUGGUGGCCAUUUUCUCUCUUGCUUAUACACAGCUUAUCAAAGGCCAAUCUAUGCCAAAUUGCCAAACGAAAUGCGGCAACGUCUCAAUCGAGUACCCUUUUGGAACUUCUCCACGUUGUUACUAUCCCGGGCAGAGUACUUUCCAACUCACCUGUAAUGAAACAACAAACAAGCUAUACACCGGCAACCUGCAAGUGAUCAACAUUUCUCACAGCGGCGAACUCCGCAUCCUCAAGGCUACAUCCUUCACCUGCUACAACAGCACUGAUGUGACUGAGAGUAUUAGCUACAACACUACUCUGGUUGACUUCACUCUCUCCAACAAGAACAGUUUCACUGCCGUGGGUUGCAACACUUACGCGGUCAUGACCACGGCUGUUGGAGACCGAAGCUACUCAACCGGAUGCUUGUCGUUAUGCGAUUCCACCCCAAAGGAAAACGGGCUGUGUUCUGGUGAAGGUUGCUGCCACACCUCCGUCUCUAAUGGGAGCCAGCGUUUCCUAAUCGAAUCAAGUCGCUUUGAUAGGGACGCGUCUGUUAAUAACUCUAACCCUUGCUUCUACGCCUUUCUUGUCGAAGAAGGUAUGUUCAACUUCUCUCCUUCCCCAGAUCUACUGAAUCUUCGGAAUGUCACCGAGUUCCCUGUGGUACUGGAUUGGUCUAUCGGAAACCAGACAUGCAAGGAAGCGGGAAACACAAGCAUAUGCGGUCAGAACAGUGUAUGUUUGGACUCUACAACUAGAACCGGGUAUAACUGCAAAUGUAAUGACGGUUACGAUGGGAAUCCGUACCUAGCAGAAGGCUGUCUGGACAUAGAUGAGUGUACUACUAGUAGUACAAUUUAUAGACACAACUGUUCGGGAUCCAGCGCUUGUGUAAACAUGAUGGGGCAUUUCCUUUGUAGUUGUCCAUCUGGUUUCGACUUGAAUACCACCGACAAUAGCUGCAUGCGUAAACACAAGCCUGAAUACUAUGGAUGGACUCAAAUUUUUCUUGCAACAACGGUUGGCUUCUUGGCCAUCGUGCUUGUCGUUAGCUGUGUACAGCAAAAAAUAAAGCACAGAAAAAACACCGAGCUACGAAAACACUUUUUUGAGCAAAACGGUGGUGGCAUGUUGAGGCAGCGACUCUCAGGAGCAGGGACAUCAAAUGUUGAUGUCCAAAUAUUUACUGAAGAAGGCAUGAAGGAAGCAACUAAUGGUUAUGAAGAAAGCAGAAUCUUGGGUCAGGGAGGCCAAGGAACAGUUUACAAAGGGAUAUUGCCAGACAAAUCGGUAGUUGCUAUAAAGAAAGCUCGGCUUGGAGACAGUAGCCAAGUAGGGCAGUUCAUCAACGAAGUUCUUGUGCUUUCACAGAUCAACCAUAGGAAUGUGGUCAAGCUCCUGGGCUGCUGUCUGGAGACCGAAGUUCCCUUGCUCGUCUACGAGUUCAUUAACAGUGGUACCCUUUUCGAUCACUUGCACGGUUCAAUGUCUAAUUCUUCUUUGACAUGGGAGCACCGCCUGAGGAUAUCAGUGGAAAUCGCUGGAACGCUUGCAUAUCUUCACUCCUCUGCUUCAAUUCCAAUCAUCCACCGUGAUGUCAAGACUGCUAAUAUUCUGCUGGAUGAAAACUUAACAGCAAAGGUAGCUGACUUUGGUGCUUCAAGGCUGAUACCUAUGGAUAAAGAGCAGCUCACAACUAUGGUGCAAGGGACUCUCGGUUACCUAGACCCAGAAUACUACAACACUGGGUUGCUGAACGAGAAGAGUGAUGUCUAUAGCUUUGGGGUAGUUCUGAUGGAACUUCUCACAGGCCAAAAGGCAUUGUGCUUUGAACAACCACAACAGUCAAAACAUCUUGUGAAUUACUUUGCUUGUGCUAUGAAAGAGGAUAGGUUGCACGAGGUUAUUGAAAGCCAAGUUAUGAAUGAGUCUAAUCAGAGGGAGAUACAUGAAGCUGCAAGAAUUGCUGUUGAGUGUACAAGACUGAUGGGAGAGGAGAGGCCAAGGAUGAAAGAAGUAGCUGCACAGCUGGAGGCCUUGGGAGUCGCCAAAACCAAACAUGAGUUGUCGGAUCAGUAUAAUGAGCCAGAGGUGAAUAAGCACUUGGUCGGUGUUGAAAUCUUACCAGCACAAGGGGAUACUGGUACCACUGGCUAUGACAGCAUCAAGAAUGUAACAAGAUUACACAUUGAAGCUGGCCGUUGAUUAGACUGUAGGCCACAUUCCAUUGGAUCAUGAUCAUGUUUCUUUUCUCUUACUUUUCAUCCUAGGCAUUUAAAGUGCAUAAUAAAAGAAAUGGCAUUAAGAAAACCCUCUGUGCUUGAGAUUCUUGAUUCGUUAGAUCAUUAAUCAUUGUGUUUAUAACUCU